AUGAACAGUGGUCGAGUGGGCCAGCGCGUUUUCAAUCAGGGUGGCCAUUCACAAGAGACACUUUUGCGCCGACAGAAUGUUCAGUUGUUGGGAGCAAUAGGACUAGACGCUCUCCAGAAACGUCUUCCCACCAUCGCCCGUGGUUCAGUUGCCCACUUUGCUCUUCUACGUGACUUGGCGCGCACCCAUCCCGUCAAUAUUGCAUCCUUGCAAGAUUCGGUCCCCAGUAGCAUCGCGAAUGCUAUCAUUGCCACUACUUCUGUUCUACCCGAGGAGAUCCUCUCUAUGAUCUUCUUUACUCUUGCGGACAUCGCGCCGCCAUGCGGGCCCAUGUUAUACUCCGAUCUGAGCUGGGAAAACUAUGCUGCGGAUAUAUUGAUGCUGAGGCGAACCACAGAGAAGAGGGAGAAGGACGAUACCGGACGUGUAAACCCAUUAUUUGGUGCAGGCCCCAGCACUUUAGGGUGGAUCACGAUGGCUCAUGUAUGUGCGGCUUGGCGCAAGAUACUCUUUCGCAUGCCCUCUCUGUGGGCCCGAGACCUGGGCAGAUUACCUGGCCCAGCAUUUGAUUGCAUGCUCUAUUGGUCUGGCAACGUUUGCCCAGCUUCAAUGAUCACACUGAGCUCAAGUAUGCGUCCAGGUGCUGAGAAAGAAGUCUUUCAUGCUCUGCGACUACACGAAGGACUCGCCCAGCGUGUACAAAGCAUCCGUUUGGAGAGAACGACCUGGGAACGCCGACAGGACUGCUUGUUCACCAGGAUACUUGACCUGCAAGCGAAGAUACCGUGCUUUACUUCUCUUCGUUCACUCAACGUAUCCGCCAACCUCGUAUACGAGCCCGGCGUCGAUUAUCAUUCGCUACCGAUCGUGGAUGCCCCGCAGUUGGCACACCUCCGAUUCGAGGAUUUCUUUAUGCGAUGGACCUCAUCUGUUCUGGUGGACCUUGAUAUAACUGGCGCCGCCGGGAGGCUACAGAUUCCUGUCCUUCUGAUCUCAGACCUCCUCAGGGUGAACGCAAGCACUUUACGCACUCUUCGUUUACAUCGGUGCUUGAAUACAAGCGAACAACUCGCCGACGACGCCUUGAAAGGCACGGAUCCCGUCUUUCUCCCGGGAUUGAGCGAGUUUCAUUUCGGCAGCGACGUUGAUAUGUCCGUCACGUUUCUUUCGCGGGCGAUCAACAUGCCCCGGAGCACAUACUGCACUGUCAUAUCUACUCGCAUGAUGUCCACACUCGCUCCAUCGCUCCCUCUCCUCCGCUUCGCCUGGGAUAGAUUUGUGGAAUCCAGCGGAGACAUCGCCAUCAGCAUAUCGGAUCCAUGCCGAGAUGGGCCCCACCAGUUCACGCAGAAUCUUGAGGAGUGCCUCAUCGAGUUCUACGAGUCAAUCAACCUUAUGGACCAGGACGUGUCACCUCUCGCCGGUCGUCGGCCGAAAUUGAUCUUCCAAUGUUCCGCCGCUAGUGGCAUCGCUCAACUCGAACACAUAUUGGACUUCAUGGAUGGAUACCGCAUCACCAUGCUGACGCUGCUCUGCGACAGUCAAUUCCCGAUCGAAACGAAGGCGAUAAUGAGGUCGCUACCAAACGUGCGCUUCUGCCACUUCAACAACUUUCGCGUGGGAGAUAGGACCGCAGGGGCUUUGUCAUUACUCUGCGCAUCGCCCGAGUACUUGCCGAGCCUAGAGACGCUCUCUCUCGUCUUCGAUCUGACGUGGAGGCUCUCCUGGGCGGAUGUCGCACGCUCGUUGACACAACGCCCUUUGAUACGCACCGUCAUCGUACACGAUCGAUUUGCAUUACCUAUGGACGACAGGGAGUUCAACAAACUAUGUGUGGUCGAGAUCAUUAGGCGAGCCCGAGAUGAUCUGGAAGUUCGUUGGGUAUUCGAUCAUGGAAUUCAAGUUUCAAGAGGAGAUGUGCUUGUCUGA